AAGCACAUAAAUAUUGUUGUUCAGGAGCGCGGCACAGACGCGCGGGUGAAAUGGGACGUGCACACUCAGAGUGCUAGAAAGACGAUGGCCGCCUUCGCAAAGACAGUCUUUAUUGUGGCGUUUAGCGCUAGUCUGCUGACCGCGCAGGCCGCGCCGCCCACGAUAUGGGACCUGUUCAGGCGACCGCCGCCCGCGGGGCCCCCCAACGUGCCGCCCGCGGGGCCCCCCAACACGCCGCCGGGCCUGCCCCCGCCGCCCCCGCCCGACCCCCCGGCGCCCCCGGUUAUCCCGCCAUACUCUACCACCACCACUACUGCUGCGCCGACAACAACCACGCCCGUUCCUACGACAACAACUUCGACUUCCACUACAGCAACAACAACGCCUGUCUCUACGACAACAACCACGCCAGUUACGUCAACAACAACGCCGGCUCCAACAACAACUACGCCAGUCCCCACAACAACCACAACAACACCGACUCCCACUACAGCAACAACGCCAACUCCUGCGACAACAACAACGCCAGUUACGUCAACAACAACAACGCCAGUUACGUCAACAACAACAACGCCAGUUACGUCAACAACAACAACGAAAGCUCCAACAACAACAACAACGCCGGUUUCUACGACAUCAACAACAACUACUAGUACUACUCCUGCUCCGACAACAAGUACCACGACUCCUGCUCCAAAACCAACAACGACUACGCCCGUCCCUGCAACCACUACACCUGUCCCUACAACCACCCGCACCACGUCCAGCCCCGUCACCCUGCCUAGAAGGUACCCGCCUAGAAGGUACCCACCCUACGUGCCGCCCUACGUCCUCCCGCCUGUCUACCUCCCCCGCCCGCCUCCCGCAGCCGCCGCCACCGCCUACGCCGGUCCCGGAAGAGCGCGCGCCUACGCCGCCGCCAACAACAUGUUGGCGUGGAUACCCGCGUACUUUAACUUGAAAUAAAUGUUGCGAGAAAUUUUUUGG